AUGCAGCUGUCGCUCGCACUCCUGGCGGCCGUGGGCCAGGUUACGCUCAGUGCUGCCUCCACACUCACACCGCCGGUCUUGCCGCUGAUUGUCCGCAACCCCUACCUCAGCACAUGGCUUGGAGAUGCCCGGGAAGCACCCUGGUCCAAAUGGCCCAUGUUCUACACCGGAGAGGAGGUGGGCCUCUCCGUCAUGGCCCAGGUCCCUAGCCAGGGCGUCGUCUACCCGCUCCUGGGUAGACCGCAAAAUGACCUGACAUCCGACGCAUAUCCAGUCCAGUUUCCCGAAUACCUCGGACACAACUACGACGCUUCGACGACCAACCUGACCUACCGCGUUGAUACGGGUACGCAGGCACCCCUUGAUAUCACUAUUUCGUUCCUUUCUCCCAUUACGCCCACAUCGACUCUGCGGCAGUCGAUUCCGGCUUCCUACAUCACGAUCGAUGUCCAGGGUGACACCGAUGUCAACGUGUAUACGGAUGUGGAUGGACGCUGGGUGACCGGGGACAUUGGUGCUCCUCUACAAUGGCAGCGCGAUACGAUCGGAGCCGAGAAUCAGAAGCCCGCCCUCCAGACAUGGCAGUUCCGCCGGGAGAAUGAGCUCCAUCUGUCAGAGAUCCGAGACCGCGCCGAAUGGGGCAGCCUUCACUUCACCGGACCCGCUAGUGCCCAGUAUCAGUCUGGCGGUGCAGCCAUAGUGCGGCGAGCCUUUGCCAGCACCGGCACCCUGCGCAAUGAGAACGAUGAGCGAUUCCGGCCUAUUCGUGACCACUGGCCUGUCUUUGCCUUCUCCAAGUCCUUCAAAUUGGGCCAGAAGCCGCAGAAAACAGCAGACAGCGUCACAUUCACGAUUGCUCUUGUCCAGACUCCUGUCGUGCAAUUUGCAGCUUCCCGCGGUCUGACCCAGAUGCGACCUCUCUGGAAUUCUUGGUUCCCAUCCACCGAAGAGCUGCUCGGUUUUCACUACACGGAUCACUCCGCGGCGCGGGCGUUGGCAUCCAACUACUCGGAGCAAUUGGCUGCGGAUGCCUACCUGUCCGGGGCCGAUGACUAUGUCGACAUUGUCGCCCUCACCGCGCGGCAGGUUAUGGGUGCGACCACCUUCUCCGGGACACCGGAAGACCCCAUUCUGUUCCUCAAGGAGAUCUCAUCGAACGGCAAUUUCCAAACCAUUGAUGUCAUCUUCCCCGCCUUCCCGUUUUUCAUGUACACCAACCCGCGGUGGCUGGCGUACCUGCUCGAACCGUUGAUCGAACACAUGCUAAGCGGACAGUAUCCCAACACGUACGCUAUGCACGAUCUAGGCACCCACUUCCCCAAUGCUACGGGCCAUCCGGAUGGGAGAGACGAGUAUAUGCCUGUCGAGGAGUGUGGUAACAUCCUCAUCAUGGGUCUGGCAAUCGUGAACUCUCUCAUCUACGAUGAGUCGUCGGACGCUUCGUCAAUCUGGUCCACCGAGGGUUCAUAUCCCAUGAACAUUUGGAAUGAAUCCUCGGGGAGCUUCCCGCUGGACGACCUGCAGAUCCUGUCCGGGGUUUCCCAUCAGGAUGGGAAAUGGGGCGGCGGUGUGCAUGGCCGACGUCUGGCUGAGAAAUGGGUGAAGCGCAGUUACCGUCUGUGGAAGCAGUGGACGGGCUAUCUGGUGGAAUUCUCCCUGGAACCUGCCAAUCAACUUUCAACCGAUGAUUUUGCGGGCUGGCUGGCGCUGCAAACGAACCUGGCUCUCAAGGGCAUUGUGGGCAUCAACGCCAUGAGCAAGAUUGCCGAGGUGGCCGGACAAAAGUCUGAUGCUGAAUACUUCAAGGUAAAAGCGGCUUCUUCUUUCGGUCGUACCAAAACUAACCACCACGAACAGAACGUCGCCGACAGCUACAUCGCCAAAUGGGAAGAAUUCGGCAUGUCUCGAGAUGGCACGCACGCCAAACUAGCCUACGACUGGUACGGAUCCUGGACCACAAUCUACAAUCUGUACGCCGACGCACAGCUCUGCUUCCACCUGGAAGACACGGACACAGAGACCCCUGGCUUUGUCCCACGACACAUCUAUCAGAAACAAUCCGUGUGGUACCACUACGUGCGCCAGAAAUAUGGCCUCCCCCUGGACAGCCGCCACCUCUACACCAAGACAGACUGGGAGUUUUUCUCCAUGGCGGUAGCCUCCAAGCCCGUCCGCUCCGAGAUCCUCGAGUCCGUCGCCACCUGGGUCAACGAGACGGUGACCGACCGCCCCUUCACCGACCUCCACCAGACAGAAGGUGACGGUAACUUCCCCGGCCCGAAUUUCUUUGCCCGCCCCGUCAUCGGCGGCCACUUCGCCUUCCUGGCGCUGCAGCGUGCAUGCGGUGGGCGUGCAAUGAAGGGCCUCUCUUUUCUAGAUGACGUCGACGACGAGACUAUGGCCGCUUGGUCGCGCAGCGCCGAAGCUGCCGCAGCAGAUUUUAUUGCCCCUGCUGCGGGGCGCAACCGGUUCAGUGACGGUGAGCUGUAG